AUUUCUUCUCCUCUUGCUCUCCUGCUUUUGCAACUCAUCGCUACAACCUUCCGUAGCAGGAGAAAGCACGCACCUCUCUCUCUCUAUCUCCCUUCUCUUUCACACACAGAAGAACUACAUUCAACCUCUGCUGCUGCGUCUAUAAUAUAAUGCCAUCCAUAGCUCUAGCCAAUAACUCCUCAGAUUCUAAAGACAAGAAAGAGAAGAAGAUGAAGAAGAAAAUAGCUUUGGAAACCUCAGAGCCCCAGGAUGAGAUCUUUUCUGACAAAAAGCAGAAGAAGAAAGAUAAGAAGAAGCGAAAAGCUAUGGAAAUUGACUCUGAAGAUGAAGAGAGGAGCGAGACGAGUUCGGAGCUUGUCGAGCCCGUUAAUUUGAAGUCAGAGAAAACAAAGAAGAAUAAGAAGGCAAAGUUGGCUGAGGAGGAUGAUGAGGGAGAGGGAGAGGUAGCGAAGGCCGAGGAUCCCAACGCUAUAUCGAGGUUUCGCAUAUCCGGCCCCCUUAGAGAGAAGCUCAAGUCUAAAGGGAUCGAGUCGUUGUUCCCAAUUCAGGCCAGAACCUUCGAUGAUGUUCUCGACGGGUCUGACUUGGUUGGGCGCGCACGGACUGGUCAGGGUAAAACUCUGGCUUUUGUGUUGCCUAUUUUGGAGUCUCUUACAAAUGGGCCUGCAAAGGCAUCAAGAAAGACCGGGUAUGGCAGGCCUCCAAGCGUUCUGGUUCUUCUACCCACCAGGGAGUUGGCCAGUCAGGUGUAUGAUGACUUCAAAGUUUAUGGUGAGGCAUUGGGCUUGGUAUCUUGCUGUUUGUAUGGAGGAGCUUCAUACCAUCCUCAGGAGAUGAGCUUAAAGAGAGGGGUGGAUAUAGUUGUUGGAACACCAGGCCGCAUAAAGGAUCACAUAGAGAGGGGCAAUAUUGACUUAAGCUUGCUUAAGUUCCGAGUCCUUGAUGAGGCGGAUGAAAUGUUGAGGAUGGGUUUUGUUGAGGAUGUUGAACUUAUUCUUGGAAAAGUUGAGGAUGUAAGCAAAGUUCAGACUCUUCUCUUCAGUGCCACCUUGCCAGAUUGGGUGAAACAUAUCUCUUCUAGAUUUCUGAAAUCAACUAAGAAAACCAUAGAUCUUGUUGGUAAUGAGAAAAUGAAAGCUAGUACCAGUGUUAGGCAUAUUGUGCUUCCCUGUUUUACUUCAGCAAUACCUCAGCUUAUUCCUGAUAUAAUUCGUUGUUAUAGCAGUGGAGGCCGUACAAUUAUUUUCACCGAGAAAAGGGAAUCUGCAAAUGAACUUGCUGGUUUGUUGCAUGGAGCUCGGGCUUUACAUGGGGAGAUACAACAAUCUCAACGUGAGGUCACCCUUUCUGGGUUCAGGUCGGGGAAAUUCAUGACAUUGGUAGCCACGAAUGUGGCAGCCCGUGGACUGGAUAUAAAUGAUGUGCAAUUAAUUAUCCAGUGUGAGCCUCCUCGUGAUGUGGAAGCUUAUAUACAUCGUUCUGGACGCACUGGAAGGGCAGGCAAUACUGGAGUUGCUGUAAUGCUCUACGAUCCAAGGAGGUCCAAUAUAUCAAAGAUUCAAAGAGAAUCUGGUGUGAAAUUUGAGCAUAUUACUGCCCCUAAGCCUGCUGAUAUUGCCAAAGCUGUUGGGGUGGAAGCAGCUGAAAAAAUAACCGAGGUUUCUGACAGUGUGGUUCCUGCAUUCAAGUCUGCAGCAGAGGAUCUGUUGAAUAACUCUGGUCUGUCAGCAGUAGAAUUACUUGCAAAAGCCCUUGCCACAGCUGCUGGUUACACCGAGGUAAAGAGCAGAUCACUUCUGACAUCUAUGGAGAACCAUGUUACGUUGCUCCUUGAAGCUGGGAAACCCAUCUACACACCAUCAUUUGCUUUUGGCAUGUUGAGGAGAUUCUUGCCAGAGGAUAAGAUCGACUCAUCAGUGAAGGGUAUGACUCUCACAGCCGAUGGGAAUGGUGCUGUGUUUGAUGUGCCUGCAGCAGAUCUAGACGCAUUUCUUGCUGGUCAGGAAAAUGCAGCUAAUGUCAGCUUAGAAGUUCUACAAGCAUUGCCUCCCUUGCAAGAAAGGGACCAAUCAAGGGGAAGAUUUGGCGGUGGUGGUGGUGGUCGAGGUCGGGGUGGCUUCAGUGACAGGAGUGGUGGUAGUAGGUUCUCGGGGGGCAAAGGUGGCAGGGGUGGGGGAUUUUCUGAUAGAAGAAAUGAUAGGUUCUCUAAUGGCUUUGGCGGUCGCAGGAAUGGCAAAAAAUGGUGAAGGACCUUAAAUAUAUCAAUUGUAGUCUGGAUUGGGCAACACAGGAAUACAGUUUUUAUCACUUUUGCUUGUUCUAAUGAACCUUGUAUUUCCUUCAAAAUGUCGAUGUAUCUUUGAUUUUUCCGGGGAAUUUUGCAGUCUCCCCAUUUUGUAUUGAAUUAUGCUGGACAUUUAAGACAACGAUUAAUUAUUAUUUGAUGAUUAUUUGAAGGUAA